CUCGAGGAAGAAAACAAAAACCACUGCCAUUAAAAUCCAAGAAACGGGAAACUUUAGUUAAGGACUUUGUGACACUCGCGUACGUUACUGAAACAGUGAAACAUACGAAUUACAUGUCAAAAACAAGCCAAUUUUGUCGUUUAAGCUUCUUUUCGGGAUUACCAGCCAACUCUUGCCGACUUCAAUAUAUUUAUUGCGUUUCAAUUUCACAGCCAUGAGUAACUCUUUGGCCUUUGGGAUUUCUUCAACUCUUCACACAUUUUCUCCCCUUUUUGAACCAAAGAAAAACACCCCAACAUGCACUUUCUGGAUAAAUUUUACUGUGUUUCUCACAGUUAGAGCAUUAGAUUCUCUAAAUUGUUAUUUUGUUCGUUGCUUCUGAGUUUUUAAAGUUAUUUAUUGAGAUAUGGGUUGGAAAUACAACGCUGGAUUGGUGUUAAUAGGAGCUUUUGUGUUGAUAUGGGUUGCUUCUGCUGAGGUUACUCAGAAAAUUUUUGUAGAGUAUAAACAACCUUUUGCAGUUACAUAUCUGGGGAUCUCUCUUAUGGCAAUCUUCCUGCCUAUAGCGGUUUGUAAAGAUUGGUUAUGCAGUUUAUUAGAAAAGAGUUCCUUGAAGAAACUGUAUAAUAAAAAUCUUAUCUUGGACUCCUCAGUCCUAGAUGUACCACUUAAACUCAAUGACAUGCACAAUCAUCCCGGAGGAGCUUUGAAGGAUUAUUUUACAGCAGACAUGGAUUACAGCAGCCCUGAAGAAGCCCUGGCAUUAGUUGGUAUCAACCAUAAAGAUGAGUUCCACUUUCUUGAAGAGGAGGGCCAUGAUCGUAACUCAUGGGACCUUGUCAAAUGUAGUUUGUAUCUUGCUCCUUUAUGGUUUGCGACAGAGUAUUUUUCAAACUCUGCACUGGCGAAUACAAGUGUGGCUAGUACUACUAUUUUGACCUCAACAUCUGGGCUUUUUACGCUUCUUUUUGGAGCACUCCUCGGCCAGGACUCAAUAACUAUUGCGAAGAUGAUUGCUGUUAUAAUCAGUAUGAGUGGUGUGGCACUGACUACAGUUGGAAAAACAUGGGCUCCUGAUGAAAUGCUGAGUGCAUCUGAGACUGCUAAGCAUUCCAUUAUUGGUGAUGUUUUUGGUCUUCUUUCAGCUGUGUGUUAUGGCUUAUUUACAGUGCUCCUCAAGAAAUCUGCUGGAUCAGGAGAAAAGACAGAUAUGGAGAAGUUCUUUGGAUAUCUUGGAGUAUUCACUUUGCUCGGCCUUUGGUGGAUUGCAUGGCCAUUAAAUGCUAUUGGAUUGGAACCUAAGUUUGAUUUCCCAAGCUCGGCUUCUGUUGCUGAGGUUGUGCUGCUGAAUGGCUUUAUUGGGAGUGUUUUCUCUGACUACUUAUGGGCCCUUUCAGUAGUAUGGACAACACCACUAGUUGCGACACUGGGAAUGUCAUUGACCAUACCUCUUGCUAUGAUUGCUGACAUGCUAGUUCACGGCCGUCAUUACUCUGCAGUUUACAUUUUUGGAUGCAUUCAGGUUUUUGCUGGAUUUGUUAUAGCCAACCUCUCUGACAAGUGUUCGUGCGGAAGAAGAUAACCUCAUGGCUACUCAGUUUCAAGAUGGAGAGCGUUUUAAUCUCAAGUGUAUAAAACAUAUACUGGGGUAGAAAAAUAAAGUUUUCUUCCCCUCGUGAACAAGAUUUAUAUAUGCUAAUAUGGUGUAAUUGUAAUAAGAGUGUUUCAAAGUGUAUAUACUUUUUUUAUUUUUGCAGUAUGUAUUCCUUCUCCAUGGAAGUAUUCCUUAAAUUUCUCAUCAUCUCAAUUAUUUAUCACA